AUGACGAAAGUUCAUCUAACAGUGCAUCUUCUCAGGGGGAAGAGAACCCCGUCGUUGAUACUGUGCUUAAUCAAGGGGAAGAAAGCCAACUCCCAGCCAAACCAUUUAUACCCUCACCCAAAAUCAGAUCCGUCGACAUCUCCACCACCAAAAGUUACAUCUCCACCAUCACCAGUUAAAGAAACAUCUCCACCUACAGUUGCAGAAUCUCCACCACCACCCGUCAUAGAAUCACCACCACCACCAGUCGAAGAAACCCCAUUACCACCAAAUCCAGAAACUCCCAUAACCACUGUCCCAAAAAAUCCCUCUACUUCCCCAUCUCACAAAACCACUCCUCAAAAUCCACCAACAUCUCCACAUUCUACAAUCAAUGAUGACAUUCUUGAAAGUACACUUCACCCUAAAAAACCAAGACGGCCAAGAAAGCACAUUGAAGUUAAACAGGUUCGUCCACACAGGCCAGUGACUCGGAGUGCGAAUGUGGUCAAACCAACUAAUGAUGCAACAUAUAGCGUGAAGCGUCGUCUUCUGGGUAAGUAUCCUCUUCACUCAUCUGUUUCUCCAAUGAAUCUUGAUUCUGAAACUGAUGAUGUCUCUAAGGGUAAACAUUCUGAAACUCCUCAGUCGAAAUCAAAAUCUACAUAA